UACAAAAUAUCUAGUAUUUAAACUGAGUCCCACAUUUAUGUCUACCAUUUCAUGGGAGAUCUUGACUUAAAUCACAGGGAAAUGUUAAUUAUUGUUUUACGACAUCAUAGCUAUUAUUGCCCUUUUGUGGUAGUACCUGUCAGCCAAAUUUGACAUUUGUAAACAUUUCAAAGAACAAUUAAAAUGGUUUGACUUCUUAGCUCUGUCGAUUUUUAGCAUGUUUCCGCGAUGACGGAAAAGGACAAUGAAGAAAAGGUUGUCACAGCUUGGUAUUCGGCAUUCAAAACAGGAACCGACCAUGAUCUCUGGGGUCAACCUGUUGAAGCGAUUGAUGGCUAUAGAAGGUUAUCCAAGCAGUUUCAGAAAUGUUCAUCAUCAGACACCAACAGAUUCACUGAUGAACAAAAGAAAAUAUUGGGAAAAAUAUCCAUUUGUUUAGAACUUAGAUGUAAAUCAUUACAGAACCCUGGUAUCUCAGAAGGAAUCUCAUUAGAUGAUCUGAAGAAAAUUGGUGCAACCUUGCAGAAUCUCGUACUACAGAAAGCGAAGGACUUUCCUGUAGAUGUUUUGGAUGCACAGCUGAACUCGAGGGAGAGGAACAGCAAUGAUAUAACAGACAUAGAAAAUGAAGAAGAUAGGCAGCCAUUGAGAGAACGGGGAAGUCUUCUUCCACUCCCAAUAUCAUUUGGAGGACGGCCGGUGUUAUCCAUCAGAAUAAUGAAGAUUGGUCUGAAGGAUGCCAAACAGUUCAUUGAUCCCUUCAUAUCCAUAUAUGUCAAAGACAACCAGGGUGCUGACCUGACAAGUCACCAGGAUACACCCGUGGCCAAAUGCAAGGAGGACUCCAGUGUAGUGUUCAACGUGGAUGUUCAUGUUCAGAAAACACUCGAUAGUUUGCCACCAGGUUAUGCAGUGUUCUUUGAGUUCAAGCAUUUCAAGCCAAAGAAGGACACCACAAGCACUCGGUGCUGGGCAUUCAUGGAGAGUGAUGAGAUUAAAGAGGGACCUGCCGUCCUUGAAUUGUACAAAAAGCCAGCUAACUUCAAAAGGAAGAACUUGCAACUGUUGACUGUAAAACCACUGUAUUUGCAUUUAAAGUUGUCCAUCAAUACCUAAUUCUAUCCUGACACUGCGGUGGGGAAGCAUUCCAAAUUGUGUUCUGCUCUUUCAAAAAAUAAAAUAAAAUAUGUCUUCCAAGAGGAUAUUAAAAAAGAUUAUAAAUUACAUAUCAGCCGUGUCAUGCGACAAUGGGUCUUAUGCCAUAUGCUGCCAGAGUAGCUCCAGGCCAGUCUGCGCAAUAUGUGCAGUCUGGUCAAAAUCUACUCGGUUUGCAAAUAAGAAAAUGAAGCCUUGUGUAACUGUGUACAAAGUAGCUCCUGACAGGACUGCCCUCUGCCCUUAAUGUGAUGGCUUGUCUGUAGCUACACUGGCCGCAAAUGGCUUAUGACCCAUUAUUGCAGGAUGGGGCUCAUGUUAGUGUGCUAGUUAAAGAUUGUAUUCAUGGAGUUUCCAUGUUGAAUUUGAACUGGAGUUAGUGAUCUCUUAAAUACUUUAGAUUAAAAUUAUACGGUUGUGCUUUUUAUAUGUAAAUAUAAAAUCUAUGAGUAAAAAACCCACUGUGAUCAAUUCUAAAUUAUAAAAUCAUUAUAUAGGUAAUAAGGAAAAUAAACAUGUCAGAAGGUUCAAAUUCAAAGCUAAAUGUAAGAAAUCAACCUUUUACACUUUGUCCUGAACACAAAAUUAUCCACUAUGGAUUUAUUUUCAAUAAAUAUGCACUAGUGACUGGCAAUUAGGUCUAGAUUUAGUGUUGCACGCAAGCCACAAGCCCCUUAGUCAAGGACAUAACCUAGGUCAAAGGUUAAGUGGUAAUCUUGAGCAUGAAUAGGAUUUUCAAUUAACUGGUCCUAUGUAAUAAGCAUACUCAAAGUGGCACAUCAACAAAUUAGGUCAUUAGGUUACAGGUCAAAGUCACAAUCUAGAUGCAAAAGUCGAACAUAACAGUUUUUGUGUGAUCUUUUACCUCAAAAAAAAAAUAUAUAGGUGUAUCACUGUGACAAUUGCACUCUUGUAACUGACAAAUUACAAUACAAGUUAACCUCGUUGAGUAGAUAUUUUGGGUGUUCUUUUUUCAAAUUGUCCAGCUUGAUGUUUAUAGGUAGGGUUAUAUUGUUUAAAUAAAGCAACAUGACCAUGAGUGAUAAGAUAAUGAUAUGAAGACAUUUCCAUUAUAAUAUGUAAAUAAAUUGUAUAUUUUAGAUUUUUUACUUGAGUAGUUUCAUAUUGGUUGUUUAUCUACAUUAAUCUCUAACAUUCCGGGGUAUCUUAUAGUAAUGAAUUUAUUUCAUUAACAUAUUGUUACAAUAUAUCUCUGGUUGUACAUAGUCAUUAAUACAUAUCAGCUUAGACAAUUGUGAUAUAAGUUAUUACAUAAUCAUUACUGAUGUUAACACAUUUUAUUGAUAAGAUGUUGAUAUCAGUUUUUGUAUGAUUAUUGCUGCUUUAUAUAUUAAUGGAAUUAAGUUAUUUAUAAACAUUUUAAUGCAAAUUUCAGUUGUGUUGAUAAGGAUCAGCAUUAAAAUAUUGCAGUGGACAUUUUUAUUCAGUUUAUUAAAUCUCCUCAAACUUUACACAUAUUUGAAAGUCGUAGUGGUUACAGUUAUCAUUGAAAUGUUUUGUUAACUAUGGACACACCAUGCACAAGUUUUUUUUUAUAGAAUUCUGCGUGAACGUUUUAAUGUUUGCAUAUGAACCUUAAAUUGUCAAAUAAGUAAGAGAAUGAUUCUGAAACUUGUAAACAUGCUUCUUCUGAACAUGAUCUCAAUUGUCAUGAAAGUUAGCCAAUCAAAUUGAUAUAUCGUUUGUUUGAGAUUUCAUUUGCAGUGAAAAUUUUACUUUGGUUUAAAAUAGCUUUAAAUGCUGAUGAUUUUAUUUGCAACUUUAGAUAAAUGCUGCAUGAACAUUAUGCCAAGAUUCUUAAUAUGGAUGAAAUGUUGUUGUUAAUGAAUUCAUUAAUUGUGUUUACAGUACAAACAAGUGAACAUAUUGAAACAAUACCAUCGAAGAUUAUCGUAUGCGGAAAUGCUAUCUUAAUAAUAUUAUACAAUUUUCAAACAAAAAGCAUAUUUUGUUCAUGUCAUAUAAAUCAGUUAUAUAGCUUUUAGAUUAUAAAUUAUGGACUUUUGUGUAUUAUAUUAACCUGAUAACUUAAAGUUAACAACAAAAUUUUUAUUGAAUAAAAGCAUUCAGCAUCUGAUGAAAUUCAAUGAUACUAUGUUUGGUAGUUAACUUAUUGGUAUAUCUAAUUGAUGUAGCAGCAGGUUUUGUCAUUAACAUGUUAAUAUAAUGCUUUCUGGAGCAUGCAUUUAUUAUACCCCCACAAACAAAGUUUAGGGGGGUAUAUAGGAGUGAACUUGUCUGUCUGUCGGUCGGUCUGUCUGUCGGUCCGUAUUAAGUGUCCGCUCUCUAAUUCAAGUAGUUUUCAUCCGAUCUUCACCAAACUUGGUCAGAAGUUGUAUCUACAUGAUGUCUAGGCCAAGUUCGAACAUGGGCCUUGCUGGGUCAAAAUCUAGGUCACGGGGUCACUUAGUGCGUUUUAAACAUUCAGCAUGUUGUCCGCUCUCUUAUUCAAGUAGUUUUCAUUCGAUCUUCACCAAACUUGGUCAGAAGUUGUAUCUAGAUGAUCUUAAGGCCAAGUUCGAACAUGGGCCUUGCCGGGUCAAAAACUAGGUCACGGGAUCACUUAGUGCUUUUUUUAAAAUUCAGCAUGGAGUCCUCUCUUAUUCAAGUGGUUUUCAUCUGAUCUUCACCAAACUUGGUCAGAAGUUUUAUCUAUAUGAUUUGAAGGCCAAGUUCGAACAUGGGCCAUGCCAGAUCAAAAACUAGGUCACAGAGUCACUUAGUACGUUUUACACAUUGAGUAUGGUGUCCGCUCUCUAUAUCAAGUAGUUUAUAUCCGAUUUUCACCACACUUGGUCAGAAGUUGUAACUAGAUGAUGUGUAGGUCAAGUUUGAACAUGGGCAAUGCCGGGUCAAAAACUAGGUCACGUGGUCACUUAGUGUGUUUUAAACCUCACCAUGUUGUCCGCUCUCUAAUUCAAGUAGUAUUUAUCCAAUCUUUACCAAAAUUGGUCAGAAGUUGUAUUUUGAUAAUGUCUAGGGCAAGUUUGAAUAUGGGUCAUGCCGGGUCAAAAACAAGGUCACGGGGUCACUUAGUGCCUUUUAAACAUCACAAUGUUGUCCGCUCUCUAAUUCAAGUAGUUUUCAUCCAAUCUUCACCAAACUUGGUCAGAAGUUGUAUCUAGAUGAUGCCUAGGUCAAGUUUGAAUAUGGGUCAUGCCGGGUCAAAAACUAGGUCAUUGGGUAUCUUAGUGCGUUUUAAUCCUCACCAUGUUGUCCGCUCUCUAAUUCAAGUAGUUUUCAUCCAAUCCUCACCAAACUUGGUCACAAGUUUUAUCUUAAUGAUCUCUAGGACAAGUUUGAACAUGGGCCAGUCCGGGCCUAAAACUAGGUCACUGGGUCACUUAGUGCGUUUUUUAACAUUCAGCAUGGUGUCCGCUCUCUAAUUCAAGUAGUUUACAUCCGAUCUUCACCAAACUUGGUCAGAAGUUUUAUGGAGAUGAUCUUAAGGCCAAGUUAGAACAUGGGCCUUUCUGGGUCAAAAACUAGGUCAAGGGUACAUUUAGUGCGUUUUAAAAAUUGAGCAUGGUGUCCCACUUUGUGAAGACGACAUGCAAAAUAUUAUGUGUCAAUGCGGCAUGUGGGGGUAUUCGUCACGUUUGUGACAAAGCUCUAGUUUUUUUCGAACUAGACAUAUUGUCUAACAUAAACUAAUAUUAUAUGUGAUUUUGAAUCUUACUGUAUUCAUAUACCAAUAAAAAACAUCAAAAUAUUAUAUAUAUGUC